CAAAAAGGCAUGUGGUGAACCCGCGAUUUUUAACCCUUUCCCUCAUCCAAACCCUUUUCCGCGAUUUUCUUUUAAAACCGCUCUCCGGAAAACGUCAACUUACUUACUAUCAUACUACCACAUGUACACAUUCGUGAUUGGAGACAUACUAUUCAUUUGCACAGCCAGCACAUGAGAGAGGCUGAGAGCCGAAUUAUACCUACUCGCCCGCCUUAGGAGCUUGAGAGGAUCAGGGAGAAACCAUGGAUUCCCUCAUUGAAAAACUGAAUAAAGUUGCCUUAGACCCUGACCUCGCGCCAUUCCUCGCAGUCCUCAAAGGCGCUCGCAAUGGAGCCGUCUACGGUGCCAAGAUUCGAUUUCCCCAUGCCUUGGUGAUGAUAUUUCUUUUCCGUUCGGGAAGUAUACGAGAGAAAACAUGGCUUGUUUUCAAAGCUACGAGGCAACAUGCACGGAACCUUUCAUUAUUCGCAGUCAUCUACAAAUCUACCAUGCUCGCCCUUAGAUAUUUAGGGCCAAGUGGAUGGGGUAAGGAGGGCCCAUAUGAUACUUUCGUGGCUGGACUGCUGGGAGGGUAUCUCGUUUUUGGCAAGUCCCCGGGGAGCGUCAGCAAACAGAUUGUUAUAUACGUUUUUGCGCGUGUAGUGCUCGCAAUGGCAAAAAUAGCCGUUGAGCCCGGAACACACGGGUUGUCGCACCUGAUAACACCUGAAGCCAGGAAUAAAAUAUAUGCCAACGCGUGGCCGGCCUUUGCCAGUCUAAGCUGGGCUUUCGUCAUGUACCUAUUCCGUUGGUACCCAGCAGCUAUUCAAUCAAGCCUACGAAGUAGCAUGACGUACAUAUACGCGGACUCGGACCAUUGGGAUUCGCUAAGAACGCUGUUAUUGCACAACAAAUGAGGCAUUAUAGAAUGCGUUCGGGGUAAUCAUCAACCGGCGUAUAUGGAGGGAUUUCAUUUUGGAUCGAACAUGGUUUUAUAAUCCUAGAGAAUCUAUUGACAACCUAUGACUACGGCGGGCAAUUGACCUUUUCAGCAUCAUUCCGCACUCCUUCUCCCUAAACCUCCCGCCGCUAUCAGUUGAUGAGCAAUCUAGCAUACAUUGGCUGCUGGAGCGAUCACUCUAUCGGCGCUUAUGAAAUUCCUAGAAUUCAGGGCAGGCCAUUUUCACGGAAACGUUUCCUUGUAUCUUUAUCCAUUUUCGUACCCUUCUUCAUCUUUAUUUCAUUGAUUCCCUCUUUUCUUUGUUAAUUCCUGGUUAAUGUAACAUAUACUACAUCAUGGAUUAGAGCCAAGUUCAAGCAUAAGUUGCUUUCAAUCAUGUCAAUUUAACGAGACAUGCGUAUUUAAGAAUGUCGUAGUUGUACCUCUUGGUACUCAUGAUCACUUCGAGGUUCCAGCAUUGAGAAUCCACAUUUCUUUACAGAUGUUUCGAGAAAGACGAGCCAUUUAAAUCUUAAUACGCGGGAAAAAAAGAAAAAGAAAAAGAGAACAAAGCAGCCAA